AUGCACAAGAAUGGUGUUCAAUCGCGCGGCCUGGCCUUGGUCGAGGCCGCGAGGAAAGGCAAGCUCUCUACUCUUCGACUUAUCCUCGGUUCAUAUCCGUCGGAUCUGGAUUUUGACCAUGGUUACUUGCAUAGUGCCUUCAAAGUUGCGGCAUCCAGUGGAAACCUAGAUUUGUUCCAGGAGUUGGAGAAGCCCAGAGAGGAACACACAACGACACAGCAAGCAGAACAAUCUAGUAGCAGUAAGGAUUAUGCGAACAAUGUCCUCGAGGACGAAGAGCUGAAGAAUCAAGAGGCGUCAAUCCUCUUAGAGCGCAAUGACCCGUUGCUUCGGUUGGCAUUCCCACUGUGCCGUGCUUCCUCGCUGGGCAUGGAAGAUAUUGUUGCCAAACUCUUGGCCUUGGGUCGGAUCCUAUUAGUAGAUGGAGGUGCAAGUUUGGCCGCCAAGACAAAGCUCGGCGAGACACCACUAGAUAUUGCCGCCGCAUUCGGCGCACAGGAUAUAGAUAACUCUGGUUUGACGCCCUUGCAAUCUGCAUGCGAAAGGGGGCAUUUCCUAGCAGCCGACCCUAUUCUCAAGCACAGGAAAAUGCAGGAAUAUCUACCACCCGAGGCUGACGACCAGUGGAAAUGCCCACCACUUUUCGUGGCAGCAAGCGACGAUUACCUCGAGGCCACCCGGUACCUCAUCUCAAGAAUGCCAGACGUCAACACGCGUGAUGGGCAUGGUCAACCCCCCCUCUGGAUCGCUGCGCUUGGCAGCCACACCGAGACUGUGCGAGUUCUCGCCGAGGCCAACGGAGAUGUCAACGAUGUGUGUGGCGACGAGGAAUGGCUGCCGCUGCAGGCUGCCUAUCAGCACCGGGCCACCAUCAGGGCACUUGUUGGCCUUGGUGCGGAUACAAACAGGGAGACUGGGAAAAAAGGAACGCCGCUGUGGUAUGCUAUCCUGCUUGGUCGAGUCGAAAACUGCAAGCUGCUUCUCAACGAGGCCAAGGACAAGCCUGACCUAACACGCCAGUCGAUCCAAGACGCAAUGCUAGAUGCUGUUAUCGACGGUUUCAAGGAUACGGUUUCAUUGAUGCUGGAAGCCGGAGUGGAUGUGAAUACCGUAAAUGAGCACGACCGAACCCUCAUCAGCCUUGUUGUCGCUGCCGGGUGCAAGGUGGACGGAAUCAACAAGUCCAAAUUUACACCCCUCAUGGUCGCAAUUGUGCGAGGAAAUGAUGAGGUUGUCAAAUAUCUCCUUACAAAGAAUGCCGUCACGGCUACACUUUCUUACCAUGGAGGUAUUGGGAACACCUUUGCAUGUUGCCUGCCAACCAGCCUCCGAGAUGAGCGCGAAGACGAUGCAGACAAAGAGGAGAUAUUCAAGCUUCUCCUCGAAAGGGGCGCCGACCCUACCCUCCGUGGGCGCUUUUCAAGCUAUCCCAUCAUCACCGCCAGCCUAGACUGCAAGAGCGGUAUCAUACAAAGCCUCCUGGAUCACAAGAUAUCCAUCGAUGUGCAGGAUGCCUGUGGCAAGAAACCAGCGCACGUCGCUUGCUGCAACUCCCUCGAGGUUCUAAAUCUGCUCCAGGUCCCAGACUCGGAUUUCGCCGUCAAAGACGCCAUUGGCCGGGUGCCCCUCCAUUAUGCCGUUCUCAGCAGACAAGUCGACCUUGUGAAAGAGGUGUUGGUGCGCUCUGUGCGAGUCGGUGUUGAUGUCAACGUCGGGGAUAAGGACGGUUGGACGCCUCUUCUCUGGGGGCGCGUGCUGCGAACAUCUUGA